AUGACAGCCUCCGUGCUCCUCCACCCCCGCUGGAUCGAGCCCACCGUCAUGUUUCUCUACGACAACGGCGGCGGCCUGGUGGCCGACGAGCUCAACAAGAACAUGGAAGGGGCGGCGGCGGCGGCGGCAGCGGCGGCAGCGGCGGCGGCGGCCGGGGCCGGGGGCGGGGGCUUCCCCCACCCGGCGGCCGCGGCCGCAGGGGGCAACUUCUCGGUGGCGGCGGCAGCCGCGGCUGCCGCGGCGGCCGCGGCCAACCAGUGCCGCAACCUGAUGGCACACCCGGCGCCCCUGGCUCCCGGCGCCGCGGCCGCCUACAGCAGCGCGCCCGGGGAGGCGCCCCCGUCGGCCGCCGCCGCCGCUGCUGCCGCCGCCGCUGCCGCCGCCGCCGCCGCCGCCGCGUCGUCUUCGGGAGGGCCCGGCCCGGCGGGCCCGGCGGGCGCCGAGGCCGCCAAGCAAUGCAGCCCCUGCUCGGCGGCGGCACAGAGCUCGUCGGGGCCUGCGGCGCUGCCCUAUGGCUAUUUCGGCAGCGGCUACUACCCGUGCGCCCGCAUGGGCCCGCACCCCAACGCCAUCAAGUCUUGCGCGCAGCCCGCCUCGGCCGCCGCCGCCGCCGCAGCCUUCGCGGACAAGUACAUGGAUACCGCCGGCCCCGCGGCAGAGGAGUUCAGCUCCCGCGCUAAGGAGUUCGCCUUCUACCACCAGGGCUACGCGGCCGGGCCCUACCACCACCAUCAGCCCGUGCCUGGCUACCUGGAUAUGCCGGUGGUGCCGGGCCUCGGGGGCCCCGGCGAGUCGCGCCACGAGCCCCUGGGGCUUCCCAUGGAAAGCUACCAGCCCUGGGCGCUGCCCAACGGCUGGAACGGCCAAAUGUACUGCCCCAAAGAGCAGGCGCAGCCUCCCCAUCUCUGGAAGUCCACUCUGCCCGACGUGGUCUCCCAUCCCUCGGAUGCCAACUCCUAUAGGAGGGGGAGAAAGAAGCGCGUGCCUUACACCAAGGUGCAAUUAAAAGAACUCGAACGGGAAUACGCCACGAACAAAUUCAUUACCAAGGACAAACGGAGGCGGAUAUCAGCCACGACGAACCUCUCCGAGCGGCAGGUCACAAUCUGGUUCCAGAACAGGAGGGUCAAAGAGAAAAAAGUCAUCAACAAACUUAAAACCACUAGUUAA